AUGGAUAAAUUUGAAGAUCUUUUCGGAAAGAAGAAAGAGGCUGUGCCAGUUUUAGAUCUAAGCAAAUCAACAGCUUCAACUAAAGAAGAAUUCAAAAAGUUGAUCGAAAAAGUUCCUGAUUUCAAAAUUCGGUCUGUUAAGGUCAGACCUGAAGAGAUAAAAAUUAAAGAAAAGGAAUGUAAGGAAUUCAAAUUAUCAAGAAAGGAGUUGCGUUUCCUGAAAAACUCUCAAGGAGAACGUGAGAAACAAUAUACUUAUAUGGAUCCAGUUCCUUCUGAAAUGAGAAGCAUCGUUAUCAUGGAAAUUUGUGCUGUCCCUAUAGAUUGGAAAAUGCUGACAACACAAAGACCAAAGCUUAAAAUAGACGAAAAUUAUUUCGAUCGUCUAAUUGAAAUGGGGAAACUUCAAAUUAAAACAGAAGCUAUGGAUAAAAAGGUCAACGCACCUGUCAACACUGUGAGAAAGUUCAAAAAUAAAGCUGGUGUAAUUGAAACACGCAUAAUAACAUGCGCCGAAUGUGGCGAAGAGUUCUGUCUUGGAAAUUCAUGUGGAGAAUUUAAUUACGAUUUAUUCGCUCGAGUGCCAAUAAAAAUCGAGAAGAAGAAAACUAAUGAACACGGCUCAAAUAAAUCAACUACUAGCAUUAUUGCUAAACUAAUGGGCACUGAUAAAGACAAAAUGAAAACAAGUAAUUCUGAUAAACUCAAAAGACGACCGCGAAGACGAAAAAGCCCCGUAAAGAAAAAGGAAAACGGAGAAAAAAUAUGA